CUUGUUUUCAUCUUCCUUUUAGAAGCUUCUAAAAAUGGGAAUAAGCAUGAGAAGUAUAAACCUUGUCACUCUUGUUUGCUUGUUUAUUUCGUACUUUCUUCUUAACUUGGCUAAUUCUACCUUAUUAUUUCAAGGUUUCAAUUGGGAAUCUUGCAACAAAGCUGGAGGACUAUACAACUCACUGAAAAACUCCAUUGAUGAUAUUGCACGAGCUGGAAUUACACAUGUUUGGCUUCCUCCUCCAACUCAAUCAGUUUCCCCUCAAGGAUAUUUACCGGGAAGAUUAUAUGAUCUUGACUCCUCCAAGUAUGGAAAUCAAGCUGAUUUGAAGAGUUUAAUCAGUGCCUUCCAUGGAAGAGGGAUCAAGUGUCUUGCCGACAUAGUCAUCAAUCACAGAUGUGCUGAUAAAAAAGAUGGUAGAGGAAUCUGGUGCAUUUUUGAAGGUGGUACUUCUGAUGAUCGUCUAGAUUGGGGUCCAUGGGCUAUUUGUAGGGAUGACACUCAAUACUCAGAUGGUAGUGGCAACCCAGAUACUGGGGCUAGCUAUGGUGCUGCUCCAGAUAUCGACCAUCUUAACCCAAGAGUGCAAAAAGAGUUAAUCGAUUGGAUGAAUUGGCUUAAGUCUGAAAUCGGGUUUGAUGGGUGGAGAUUUGAUUUUGUAAAGGGAUACGCACCAAGCAUUACUAAGAUUUACAUGGAGAGAACGAACCCAGAUUUUGCAGUUGGAGAACUUUGGGAUUCAAUAAACUAUGAUCCAGAUGGUAAACCUGAUUAUAAUCAAGAUGGUCCUAGAAAUGAAUUGGCUGCUUGGGUUCAAAAUGCUGGUGGUGGUGUUAUUUCUGCUUUUGAUUUUACAACAAAAGGUGUUCUUCAAGCAGCUGUUGAAGGAGAAUGGUGGAGAAUGAAAGAUUCAAAUGGAAGGCCAAGUGGUUUGAUUGGAAUCAUGCCAAGAAAUGCAGUGACUUUCAUUGAUAAUCAUGAUACUGGCUCCACUCAAAGAUUAUGGCCUUUUCCUUCUGACAAAGUAAUGCUAGGAUAUGCUUAUAUCUUAACACACCCUGGAAUUCCAUCCAUAUUCUAUGAUCAUUUUGUUGAAUGGGGAUUGAAAGAAGAAAUCAUAAAACUAACAACAAUAAGGCAAAGAAAUGGAAUAACAGAAACGAGUAAUGUGAAUAUAAUGGCAUCAGAUGCAGAUGUAUAUGUAGCAAUGAUUCAAGGAAAGGUCAUAGUUAAGCUUGGCCCAAGAUAUGAUGUUGGGAAUCUAAUUCCCUCCAAUUUUAAGGUGUCAACCUAUGGAAAGGAUUAUUGUGUCUGGGAGAAGCAAAGCUAGCUACUUCAAGAGAUCAUGCAUCCAUUCCUACAUAAUUAACUAGCUAGCUUCCUAGCUAAUAGUAGUGCUUAUUAGAAUAAUGCACAAUCAAUAAAAUUAAACCACCAUAAUUAAUGUUAGCUAGUAUUUAAUUUCCUAGUUAUGACAUUUUUCAAGAGAUAUAAUUUGUAGUACCAUGCAUGGUUUAUUUUCAUAUAAAAUAACCAUGAUCAUGAAUAAAAGUAUCUUGCCAUUAUUCAAUCAUGUAAUUGGUGCAUGUUAUAUUCAUGCUCUCAAAGCAUUAAAUUAUGUAAUGAAUAAAUUAAACUAAUGAUAU